UUGAGGAUAUACUUUCCUACAGAAAUCUUACUGUUUUGAAGGAAAUUGUGGAGCAAUUACCUAUAGCAUCGGCUACCAUGGUGGACGAGGUGAAUGCUGCUCAAACAGACAUCAACGCCAUUUUGUCAGACAGGGCAGCACAACCUCCAACAGGCACGCACAACGCCUUGAUGCCAACAAGGACAGCAACCAACCCCACAGACCCUGGUAAGGGUUUCCAUUAAAAAAAAUCCAAUGUUGUCAGCUGCGACGAUUUGGAGACUAUCAUUAUUCCAAAAAGCAGGAACUCUGUUGGCUUCAUAAAAGUGGACGGCGUGUGUGGUACAGGGUUCCGUGUAGGCGACUGCUAUAUUAUGACCGCCUACCACGUGUUCAAGGACAAGUUUAAACUCCUGUGUGAAAUGCUGACGGUUAUGGUCGAACAGUCUUCAAUAACGACCCCAAACUUACGGGGAAAACUCGCAAGACUUUCAAAUCAGUUCAGUGAAAACAACAGGUUAAAAAUAACAACCUGCGUGGAACAAUUUCUAGAGCCAAACAAAAAGCAACUUCAGUUCGCCGAGCUUGCAGGCCUUUUGGGCACGUCAUUCCUUGAGAAGAUUGAAACCGGAUGGAGCCUGAAAACAGGGAUUGCUUUCAACAUCGGGACAGAGGAUGAGCUCCGAUUUGGUUUUUGUUUAGAUAUACCAUUCGCAGAUAAGGACAAUGAUAUUCUCAUCAUAACGCUACGCAACGACGGCAAUACCAGAGUACCAAAGCCUCUUCAUCUUGAGCAAUUUAGCGUCAAUAACGAAAUGCAUUUAAUAGGAUACCUCGGAACAUCCGACCAAAGAAAAAGUCUCCAUCUUAACAUCAACUGUCAGGUGUACCGUGAUGAUAGACAGCUAGCAACAGACAUCAACACAGCAAUGCAAUGGUGGAAAGAAAAACUACCUGAUGCUAGUCUCGAUCCCUGUCGCUAUGACCCAGGAAAGGACGAAACACCCACCGGAAGGACUAUACUACACGCCUCUAAAGAGUUCGAGCAACGGUCAUCCGGGUGUCCCGCUGUAGUUAUCGAGGAUUACACGACGCGGCGACUCGUUGUGCAGCUGAUGUAUCUGUCUGGCUACCCAACCCGUCACUAUGAAACCGGGAAGGUACAUUCACCUUCUCUCGAGUAUUGUUUCGAAUCGGGAGUGUCAAUGAAAAACAUUGCUAAAAUACUAUUGGAAGCGGGUCAAGAAGAAUUGAAGAAGGCUAUCUUCAGUUAGAAACAAUCAACAUUGGAUAACACGGAAACAAUGAUGCAUAGAUAAUUCUGUCAUAUAUACAUGCGGUUUAACGCUUCAAUCGAAUAGGGAAAAAAUAGCCCAGCUUUGAAACAUCAGCUGUUAAUAGGAAGUUAAACCAAACCAGGAAAUAUCAUUAUUCUCGCCCUAUUCUUUUCGCAAUGUUUUGUAGUAGUCCGUACGAGAACUGUGCAAGCUACAGUGAACUCAUGCAUGAAUUGUGACAUUGUGACAUUGUAUGACAGCACAAUGAGUCUAGGCGGUUGACAGCAUACAACAUUUUAAACAGACAUUAUGUUAUCCUUGUGCAGCAAAAUAUAUUCUCAGUAUGCUUUUUCAAAUGUACAUUUUUCAUUCCUUUUUGUGAUCUAUCAUGCCGUGUAAAUGUAAAUAGUUAAAGUAAGCACGAUUAAUGGAACUCAAACUUGUUAAAUAAAAUGGCGUCAAUGGCAACAACGCGUGAUACCAGUUCGAUGUAAGAUUGCCUACUUUUCAGAAAACGUUACCGCCAUUGUUCUGUUCCCAUGAAAAUGGUCUUGUAUACGGAUCUACGGUAUUUUCGUCGUUAGCCAAACAUUGACGAUUGUUUAAAGCGGCAGGAAUCACAGUCCUGUUAACAUUUUCCCAUUAUCUACAUAUAUCGAACGUUUGUUACUAAUAAAAUAAGUUGAUCCUAGAAGCGUGGCAUGUAAAUAAUAAUGUCUUUAUGUAAAGAAACAUACAACAGAUUACAUGAUAGCUUAGAUACAGUAGAACUGGUAAACGUAUGACGUCAUCGGAACGAUAACAUUUCUACGUGCAUAUUAUUAAUAAGAGUUCGGCAAGUGCUGAUGUUGGUUUUUUGUUUGUUUGUAUUUUGAUAUUAAUAAAAGGGGUCAACGAAUGUCAAAUG